AUGGGCGGCGCCAAGGUCGGCGUGUGGUGCGCGCAUGGCGAGGGCCAGGCGCUGUUCCCCGACCCUGCUGUGGAGAAGAGGGUGCUCGACAGCGGCCUGGCGCCCAUCCGGUACGUCGACACCUCCGGCUCCGCGACCGAGCGCUACCCCUUCAACCCCAACGGCUCCCCCCACGGCAUCGCCGCCCUCUGCAGCGCCAACGGCCGCCACCUGGCGAUGAUGCCGCACCCAGAGCGAUGCUUCCUCGCCUGGCAGCUGCCGCACAGCCCGCCGGAGGUUGGGCUGGACCCCUACGGCGCCGGCCCCUGGCUGCGUCUCUUCCAGAACGCGCGCGAGUGGGCCGAGGCCAACCCGCGCCCCGCAGACGCGUGA